CACAAACACAAACACAAUCGCACACACACACACUGGUUGUCAGGAACUCACAACACAGAAUAAGUUUAGUUUCAUAACCUCUUUGCGCAAGUGCAUCCAAGCAGAAACACAGACUAAAACAAACACAGACACUCUUUUGACAGAUAUUUCACAUGCUCGCAGACACGCUGCACUACUGCUUGCUGGAGAUAAUGUGAUUUAAUGUAUCAAUGAGGACAUAGCCUACAAAUAUCUCUUCAUUUGGUUGGCAGUUCUUCAAACCAAAAGAUGGCUUCCAUGAUAAAUUCCACGACCACAAACUUAACGAUGAACUCAAGCUCCCCAAUCACAACCACAAUGUCGCCGGCUGAUGUUCCAAACUACACCCCGGUCCUUUUGGUCAUCUACUCUGUGGUUCUUCUCUGCGGUAUCAUCAGCCUGAGCCUGAUGAUGCACAUCCUGAAGUCCAGCACCACAUCCAUGACCUCCAUCGCUGUACUCAACCUCAUCUUUGCACACUUCAUCUUCCUUCUCACUGUGCCCUUUAGGAUUCACUACUAUGCCACUAAUGACUGGGCCCUGGGCCCUGGGUGGUGUAAAGUGGUGAGCGGCAUGAUCCACAUCCACAUGUACAUGUCUUUUCUCUUCUAUGUGAUCAUCCUCGUUACGCGCCUGAUGACGUUCUACCUCAAAGCUGAGCAUGGGGCCUCCUUCCAGAAGAUUCACGCACUCCUUGUCAGUGCCGUGGUGUGGAUGGUGGUGCUUGUUGUGGUCCCUUGCAUUAUAUAUUUUACCUAUGGCAAAGAAGAUAAGAACCAUCAGCCGGACUCCAACAAUGUGAAACACUGCUUCAAGUUCGGCAACAACAUACAGCCUGGUGCAGCCAAGACAUUCAACUACAUUAUAAGCACAGUCAUCAUUGUGGUGGCCACGGUGCUGACGGCCCUCCAAGCCAAUGUCCUAAGGGUUUUAUACAAGAAGCACCGCAAGGGUUGCACUUCUCAGCAGGACUUUGGGGCUCAGCUGAAGGGCCUGUGCUUUGCUCUCAUCAUGGUGGUCUGUUUCAUUCCCUACCACAUGUUCCGGCUUUAUUACUUAGAACACCUCAAUCUGCAGGAUGUCAAUGAGUUGUUUCUGAGUCUGACCACCUUUAACUGUUUGGACAUGCUCACCUUCUUGGGGAGGAGGAGCUGCUACGCGUGCUUUCCUGCCGUGAUACAAGACAUGUUUAGAUCCUUUACUUGAGUAAAAGUAUUAAUUGGCUAACACACCGCAAGUAACAGUCCUGUAUUGUAAAUCUUACUUAAGUAAAAGUAUCUAAGUAUCAUCAGGAAAAUAAACUUAAAGUAUUAAAAAUUAAAAAAAGUACUCAAUGCACAAAAAUCCUCACAUUUUAGAAACUGGAAACAAUCAGAACA